GCAAGAUAAUACAGAAAUACUGCGGAAAUGUUACACUGUAUAUAACAAGUAACUUGAUUAGCCAUACUAAUAUAUUAGAAACUAAUAUAUUAAAUCCUUGAGACGUAUUAUAAUGUUUUAAUAAUUAUUAUGAUCCAAACAGUAUAUGGAAUAGAAUGUAUGGACAAAGGGAUUUGAAAUCAAAACUACCAAAGAGACCUUUUCCUUAUCAAGAUCAAGAGAUAGAUGAAACAAAUCCAGCAAAAAGACACAAAGCUAACACAACACUUGGCAUAACAAUGAAUGAACAGAAAACAGUAUCGAACAAAGACUUCAUAUCUCUUGCUGAAAGAAUGAGACCUGAAUGUCUUGAUGAUUACAUAGGUCAAGAACAAAUUGUUGGUUCUAACACAAUAUUACAAAAAUUGUUAAUAAAAGGUCAUGUACCUAGUCUGAUAUUUUGGGGUCCACCAGGUUGUGGAAAGACAUCAUUGGCUAAUGUUAUAUCAAAGUUAAGUAAACAAAUGCAUGGGAAGGAUGUAUGUAUUGUAAAAUUGUCUGCUAUUUCUUGUGGCGUGAAUAGCAUAAGGGAUAUUGUUAAUACACCCAAAAAUGUAUCAAAAAAAAACUGUCAGACUAUCGUAUUUAUGGAUGAGAUACAUAGAUUUAAUAAACUUCAACAAGAUAUUUUUCUACCUCAUGUCGAAGCAGGGACGUUUACCUUAAUUGGUACAACCACAGAGAAUCCAUAUUAUAGUUUAAAUUCUGCCUUGUUAAGCAGGUGCCGUGUAUUUAUUUUAAAUAAAUUAACAGUCUCAAAUAUUGUACAAAUUCUUUGUAAAGCAAUUGUGUCUAUUAAUGGAGAAAUAAGCAAUCCCCAACAGAAAGCUUUGUUAACUGAUAAGGAAGAUAAAGUAAAUUUCAAGGCUAGACCACGUUUUUCUAUUAAUCAGACAGUAAUUGAUUGGCUAGCAGAAGUAUGUGAUGGUGAUGCACGUGUUGCAUUGAAUGGUUUAGAUUUAGCAAUCAAGUCUAAAGUGUCAGAUGAAUCAAAAUCUUUGUCAAUAACGCUUGAGGAUGUUAAAGAAAGUCUUAUAAAAGUGCAUACGUUGUCUGAUACACAAAAUAAUAAUAGUCAUCAUCUGUACUCUGCAUUGCAUAAAUCAAUACAAGCUGGGCAACAAAAUGCAUCAAUAUAUUGGCUAGCACGAAUUGUAGCAAUUAAGGAAGAUCCUGUUAAUAUUGCCAGAAGAUUAGUAAGAAUAUCAAGCGAAGAUGUUGGCUUAGCAGAUCCUGACGCCUUAGGCAUAGCUGUACAUACUAUGCAUGGAUGUCAAAUGAUUGGAUUUCCAGAGAGCGAUCUGCUUUUAGCAGAAUGUGUUGUAUAUUUAACUAGAGCACCAAAGUCUCGACUUGUGUAUAAUGCAUUGAAAUCAGCUGAAAAUACAAUCUUAAAUCAUAAAGGCCCACAACCCAUGGUGCCACUGCACAUUAGAGACAGAUCAGGAAAAAGAAAACUUUCUGCCAUCUUUGACGGCCGUGAAGAGCACUUAUUGCGAAAAGAAGAAAACGUGAAAACGUACUUACCACUUAGCCUGCAGCAUCGUAAUUUCUUCUCGGACGAUUCCUGACUGUUUCCCGUCGAAAACUCUUCUCUUCUUAAAUACACAUUUUAAUUGUACACUUGUAAUAAUAAAGUAUUUUUUUAAAGAA